AUGUCCGGUAAUCAAGAUUACUCCGGGUUGUUCGGAACUUUGGCUCAUACUCUAGGUUGUACUAUGCCUGCAAUACGGCUUCUCGUGUCAAUAUUUUUAGGUUUUCCAUUUGCUUAUAUACAUCGUAGGUUUUUCAUUAACAAAUCACCGGAACUGCAGCAUAUUUUUUUUAUAUUAUGCGGCACUUUUUUGGGAGCAUGGAACUUUGGAUGGAAUGUUGGACAUUCAGCUCUAGCUUUGAGCGCUACGUACCUGAUUUUGCGGCUAUUCGGAGGAUCAACGUUGUCAAUUAUCUUAACGUUUGUUUUCAAUAUGGGCUACUUGUCGUACGGGUACUGGGUAACAACAACAGACGGCUAUGACAUAAAAUGGACAAUGCCGCAUUGCGUGUUGACAUUAAGACUGAUUGGGAUCGCGUUUAACUUAAGCGACGGACGGAAGGAUGAGUCAAAGCUGUCGGCGUACCAAAAAAAAGAAUGUCUAAAAGCGCUUCCGAGCUUUCUUGAAAUCGCUGCUUUUGUUUACUUUCCGGGAUCCUUUCUCGUGGGUCCCCAGUUCACAGUGAAGCGGUAUCAAAAUUACGUCAGUGGAGUGUUUAUUAAAGAAUCCGGCGGAGGCUCAGAUCAUAUUGAGGCUGGAUUUACAAGAACGAUGCAGGGAUUCCUCUACUUGUUUUUCUAUCAACUAGGAACUUAUAUUAUCUCCGAUCAGUACAUGAUAAGCAAACUCGACACUCAUAAUUACAUCAGCAGACUUUUAUUGCUCGGCUUGUGGGGACGAGUUAAUCUAUAUAAGUAUAUCUGCUGCUGGCUUUUAAGUGAAGGGGUCUGUAUAACAUUCGGAAUUUCCUACAAUGGUAAAGACGAGAACGGGUCAACAAAGUGGGACGGUUGCAAAAACGUCGAUUUAAAAAGAUUUGAAAACGCAACCGAGUUUAGUCACUACAUCCAAUCAUUUAACAUGAACACUAACGAAUGGUGCAGCGAGUACGUCUACAAGCGGUUGAAAUUUAUGGGAUCUCGUUUCGCUAGUCAGUUCUUAACUCUAGUAUUUCUUGCCAUUUGGCACGGCUUCCACUCUGGUUAUUACGUUACUUUCUUCAACGAAUUUAUAAUCAUGUACUUCGAAAGAGACAUUGCUUCCGCGUUGAAGAAGAAUCAAUCAAUCCAGGCGACGGCAAACCAUCCUCUCGGUGGAAUUCUCAUCUGGAUUAUUUUGAAACUUUACACCCUAGUAUUUAUGGGUUACGCAUUUAUUCCCUUCCACUUGCUGUCCUACACUCGGUAUCUUAAAAUUUACUCGAGUGUUUACUGGAUCGGCAGUAUAAUCUUCCUAUCGUAUCCCUUCCUAGCUCCCUUUAUUAAGCCACUGAUUAGCGGUCGCAGAAGGGCUCACGUCGAUUAG